GGCCGCCGAGGGGCGCUACUUCCCGGCCAAGCCAGCCGGAGAGGACGCGCCGGGGGUCAGGCUGGCAUCAGGCACCAAUCGUCGGCUCCCUUCACUAUCAUGGUGCCCGCUCGGCGAAAAACGACGGCUGGGACGCGUCACAUUUUUCAGCCGCCGAUUUAAUAAAAGCCUCGACGCCGGCCAUGUUGUAAGCGAAUCCAGCUCCACCGACAUAAGCUCUCAAACGAAGACGAAUUAGCGAGGGACGGACGGACGGAAAGACGGCGUCCGGCCCGAGAAGAAGCUCCGAGGUCGGGGACUCCGGUCGGAACAACCCUCGUCGUUUCUGGCCUCCCCUUCCCGAGAGCUCCAUGGAGAAAAUGAAGCGGUUCAAGCGGCGUCUCUCUCAGACGUUGAGAGGGAGCCACACCAUCGACGAGUCGCUGUCGGAGCUGGCCGAGCAGAUGACCGUCGAGGAGAACGGUCUAAAGGACAACGCGGAGCCCAUCGUGAAGAAUGGCCGGCCCCCGUCGGCCCACAGCGUCCACUCCUUUCUGCACCAGUACACGGGCUCCUUCAAGAAGCCGCCGCUGCGACGGCCUCAGAGCGUCAUCGGCGGGGGUCUCGGCUCGCUCAUGGCGAUGCCUCGCAACGGCAGUCGCCUCGAUAUCGUCCACGAGAACCUGAAGAUGGGGUCGGACGGAGAGAGCGACCAAGCUUCUGGGACGUCCUCCGAUGAGGUGCAGUCACCUACUGGUGUUUGCUUAAGGAACAGAGGGAACCGCCGCAUCUCCGCUGAGGACCUGAACAAGCGCCUGUCCCUGCCAGCCGACAUCAGGAUACCCGACGGCUAUUUGGAGAAGUUGCAGCUGAGCAGCCCGUCCUUUGAUCAGCCGCUGAGCCGGCGCUCCCGACGGGCGUCGCUGUCCGAGAUUGGCUUUGGGAAGCUGGAGACCUACAUCAAACUGGACAAACUGGGAGAGGGCACCUACGCGACCGUCUUCAAGGGGCGGAGCAAACUGACGGACAACCUGGUGGCGCUCAAGGAGAUCAGGUUGGAGCACGAGGAGGGGGCGCCAUGCACGGCUAUCCGAGAAGUGUCACUACUGAAGGACCUGAAGCACGCCAACAUCGUGACGCUCCACGACAUCAUUCACACGGAGAAGUCGCUCACACUGGUCUUCGAGUACCUGGACAAAGACCUCAAGCAGUACAUGGAUGACUGUGGGAACAUCCUGAGCAUGCAAAAUGUCAAGAUUUUCCUCUUCCAGAUCCUGCGAGGCUUGGCCUACUGUCACCGGCGGAAAGUUCUCCAUCGAGACCUGAAGCCCCAAAAUCUACUCAUCAACGACCGGGGGGAGCUCAAACUGGCCGACUUUGGCCUGGCGAGGGCCAAGUCGGUGCCCACGAAGACGUACUCCAACGAGGUGGUCACGCUGUGGUACCGGCCCCCCGACGUGCUGCUGGGAUCGUCCGAGUACUCCACGCAGAUAGACAUGUGGGGCGUGGGCUGCAUAUUCUACGAGAUGGCCGCAGGCCGGCCCCUGUUCCCGGGCUCCACGGUGGAGGAUGAGCUGCACCUCAUCUUCAGACUGUUAGGCACUCCCACAGAGGACAGCUGGCCCGGGAUAUCCUCCAUAGAGGAGUUCAAGUCCCACAAGUUCCCAAAGUACAAGACACAGCCGCUUAUUAACCACGCCCCCAGAUUGGACACGGACGGCAUCGACCUGCUGACGUCCUUCCUCAAGUUCGAGUCCAAAAAGAGGAUCUCUGCCGACGAAGCGAUGAGGCAGCCGUACUUCAGGAGCAUGGGGCCUCGCGUGCGCUCCCUGCCAGAGAACAUCUCCAUCUUCACGCUGAAGGAGGUCCAGCUGCAGAGAGACCCGGGCUGCAGGAACUCCUCGUACCCCGAGUCAGGCAACGGGAAGAGCCGAAGACAAAGCAUGCUGUUUUAGACUUUUUUUUAUUGGAAAUGUGAGCUGUACAGUGACAUCGCUGGAUCAGUAACCAGGAGAUGGAGCAUCUUCAUCCCCCCCACCCACCCCCCCCUUCCCAAGCAACCCCUCCCUUCCAGCAGGUUUGGCCUCCACGUGGCCCGACAGACAUUUCUACACCAUAUUUAUUAAGAAUGUGCUGCUAAGAUCCGACUACUGUUCUCGAAUCCUAACUGGCCUCAGUCACUUUAUCAAGAACAUGCAAUGUGUAUAGAUUUGUAAUCUUUUGAAGUGGUGACAUUUUUUUGUUUUGUUUUGUUGUUGUUUCUUUUUCAACUCCACAGAUGUUUUCAUUGCAGCUUGAGAGAGAAAGAGAGAGGGAGGAAAAAAAAAAAAGGUUUGGACUUUUUGUUGGCAAGAGAAGCUUCGAUGGUGACGGACGUGGGCGUAUCAUUCCAGGGCAUUAAACGCUCAGAGGUACACCUUCAUGGUUAUUCUCACAGUGGAAAUAUUUCAGCCAACAUGCUUCUUCUCUGCGCAUUUUUUUUUUUUUUUUGUACCUUUUUAAAAAACCGCAUGGCUGCCAUGUUGUUGCAAGGAACUCCUCCGUUCAGGGAGCCCCGCCCCCUUUUGUGAACUCCACCCCCCUCGGUCUAUUUAACAGUGUUUUUUUGUAUGAUAUUCUCCUCAUUUGUGGAUUGUUGUUACCAACAUUGCAGAUUCCCUCCCGUGAGAUUUUUUUUUUUCUUCUUCCCAGAGCAAAGAUUAAAAAUCUAAAGUUUAAACAAA